AUGGCUGCUCAGAAUGUUCUUUAUGAUGCCAUUGUGAUCGGGGCAGGCAUCCAGGGCUGCUUCACUGCAUACCACCUGGCAAAACACAGGAAGAGGGUCCUCUUGCUGGAGCAGUUCUUCCUGCCACACUCCAGAGGGAGCUCCCAUGGACAGACCCGGAUAAUCCGAAAGGCGUACCCUGAAGACUUCUAUGUCCACAUGAUGGAUGAGUCCUACCAGCUAUGGGCCCAGCUAGAGCAAGAAGUUGGAACCCAACUGCACAGGCACACUGGACUGCUGCUGCUUGGAAUGGCAGGGAAUCCAGAACUAAAGGCAAUGCAGGCUACACUGUCGAGUCAUGGGCUGGAUCACCAGUAUUUUUCAUCUGAAGAACUGAAGCAGCAUUUCCCAAAUAUUCGGGUCACCAAGGGAGAAGUAGGACUCUUGGACAAGUCUGGAGGAGUUCUUUAUGCAGACAAGGCCCUCAGAGCCCUCCAGGAUGUGCUUUGCCAGCUGGGAGGCAUGGUAUGUGAUGGAGAGAAGGUUCUGGACAUAAAACCAGGUCUGCCAGUCACGGUGACAACCACCUCCAGGAGCUAUCAAGCCAAGAACUUGAUCAUCACAGCAGGUCCCUGGACCAACAGGCUGCUCCGUCCCCUGGGCAUUGAGCUACCCCUCCAGACCCUGCGGAUCAAUGUGUGUUACUGGCGAGAGAUGGUUCCUGGGAGCUAUGGUGCUUCCCAGUCCUUUCCUUGUUUCUUGGAGCUGGGCCUGACUCCCCACCACAUCUAUGGGCUGCCCUCCAGAGAGUACCCAGGGCUCAUGAAGAUCUGCUAUCACCACGGGGAUGCCGUGGACCCCGAGGAGCGCGACUGUCCCACAGCAUUGACAGACAUCCAAGACGUCCAGAUCCUGUGCCAUUUUGUCCGAACUCACCUACCUGGCCUGAAGCCAGAGCCUGACAUCCUGGAACACUGCAUGUACACAAACACCCCUGACAGACACUUUGUUCUUGAUCGCCACCCAAAGUAUGACAACAUAGUCAUUGGUGCUGGAUUCUCUGGGCAUGGAUUCAAGCUGUCCCCUGUUGUGGGGAAGAUCUUGUGUGAACUAAGCAUGAAAUUAACCCCAUCCUACGAUUUGACACCUUUUCGAAUCAGCCGCUUUCCUGGCCUGGGCAAGGCUCACCUUUGACCUCCUAUCUUUGACCUCCCUUCUGUGCCCAGGAUCCCUAGGCUGUGUGAGAGACCUUGCAGAGAAGUGGCCCUGACAUGUCCCACUUUCCUCCUGCCUCUAUUGGAUCCUCAAAUGGUUUAGUCAACCUACUUUUCCUGUCAAGAUCCCCAAUCCUAGUGACUUCCUUACUUCCGGAAGGUCAGUUCCAUAGUCUAUAAUCACAGAGGAGCAACAUCGAGAUGAACAUCGAGAUGAACAUCUCAAAGAAGGAGGGGGGCACAAAGACUGGCCUAGGGGACUAAAACAGUUUCUAAAAAUUCUCUUCACUGGACAUUCAUGAACUUGGCACAAAUUUGUCUAAGCCUGCUCGGGGGAGAGUAAAUAAGAUAACCUCUUAUAUUUCCCUACCACGUUCCUUUCCCUUAAACUACAGACAGUCUCCAUCACAAACUCUUAAAAAAAUUCAGCUGAUCUUAAGUGCACCAUAAAUGUUUGUUGAAAAAGAAUUGUGGAACAAACAAAUAAAUAGUUGC